AUGCAAACACCCCGCGCGGAAGCUUCCACCAGGAGUGGCGGGGAGGGCGCAAACGCGGCGAGACCGCGGGUUAAUGGUUCCAGUGGUGCGGCGGCGGCCGCAGACAGUGGCGGCGGCGGCGGGGGGGGCGGCUCGAGCGAGUGGACUGGCUCCGUGUGGAGCGCGCAGGAAAUCGCUGACGUGGCAGGGGGCACGGUCAUCAGGGACUGCCCGCCGGGGCGCGUCUGCACUGACACGCGCCAACUGGCGCCCGGCGAUUGGUUCCUGGCUCUAAGAGGGCCGCGAUUCGACGGUGCGGAUUUCCUGGAAGAGGCGGCGCGGAGGGGGUGCGGGGGGGCGGUUGUUAUGGGGGACGGAUGGGGGGAAAAUGGGGAAGCGGGGAGUGGGGGGAAUGCGCCGGAGGGGGGCGGCGGAAGGGAGACAGGGAAUGGGGAAGAGGGGGGAUGCGCGAAAGAGGGGUUAAGAGGGAAGGAUGCAAGGAAGGAAGGUAUGGCGAGGGGUGAAGAGGGGUUAAGAGGUGAAAACGGAGCAGGGGAAUCAAACGUGCCUCCCAACCUGCUGCCAGAGGGAUGGCAGGGCGGGUUGGUGGUGGUGCCAGACACGCUCGGCACGCUGCAAGGCUUGGCGAGGGAGGCUCGGCGGAGGUUCGGCGGCGUGGUGGUGGGGGUGACAGGCAGCGUGGGGAAGACUACGGCGCGGGCCUUAACUGCCCUCGCGCUCUCGCCCCUGGGGGCUGUGCACCAGACCCAGGGCAAUCUGAACAACCACAUUGGAGUGCCGCUCACUCUCUUAGCCCUCCCCCAGGCAUCAGCAGCGUGUGUGGUGGAGAUGGGAAUGAGUGCGCGGGGUGAAAUCGCCCUCCUCUCUUCCAUCGCCGCUCCCUCCAUCCGACUGCUUCUCAAUGUCGGCCCCGCUCACAUCGGGGACCCUUCACUCGGGUCUUUGGAGGCCAUAGCAGAGGCCAAAGGGGAGAUGCUGGCGGAUGCGAGGGAGGGAGAUAUAUGCGUGGUGAAUGGCGACGAUGCGCGAGUCAUGGGGCUGCCAAUGGGGAGAGGAGUGAGACGGAUCACCUUUGGCCUCUCCGCCACCAGUGACGUGCAGCUGCUGUGGGCAUGGGCUGUGGAUGGUGGCAUGGCAGUUGAAGCAUUGCAACCUGGCACGCACAGGAGGAGGAGGCGCAGUCGCACUACUGGCAAAGGCCUAAUUCCUCCCUCCCAUCCCCUUCCACCCACCCGCGUGUCCCCGCAGAUCACAUUUGGUCGCUCACCCGGCUGCGACGUGCAGCUGCUGUGGGCGCGCGCUGUGGAUGGCGGCAUGGCGGUUGAAGCUUGCAUUCACAACAACCUGGCACGCACAGGAGGAACAGCAGCAGAAGGACGCGGAGGGGGAAGAGGGGUGGAAUGGCAGAGCAGCAAGGAGGAGAGCACGGAUCCAAGCAGCAGUGCACUGAGUGCCGGAGCCGGGGCCGUGCGUUUGAAUUCCGAUGGAGACAUUGAGAACACGAGGGAUGUGCAUGGGAAGGAGAGCAAUGCAGACGACAAAACGGUGUGUGUGCGGAUCAACAGCCCCGGGUUGCAUCUGGCUGACAACGCCCUUGCAGCCGCAGCCGUGGCCGUGGCGGCAGGCGUGCCUCUGCCAAUGGCAGCGCGACACAUGGCGCUGUACGAGCCCAUCGGGAUGAGGAUGCGGGUCGAGCGGAUUCGGAGGAGAGGAGCGGCGGGAGAGGAGGGCAAGAGGAGCGAAGGGAAGGGAGAGGGACACGAGGGAAUCGGUGUGACUGUACUGAAUGAUGCUUAUAACGCCAGUCCAAUCAGUGUUGCGUCGGCUCUUCACCUUCUGCAUCAGCUCUCGCUGGAAUCAACUGCCCCCUCUGCCUCCUCCGCCGCCUCCUCUCCACCAGUCUCAGGCCGCCACGUGGCGGUGCUGGGCGACAUGCUGGAGCUGGGCAGCCAAUCAGAGAGUGCACAUGUGGACGCUCUCUCCCUCUGCCUCUCCCUCUCAGGAAUCUCUCUCGUCCUGGCGGCUGGCGCGGCCUUCAAGUCCGCUCUGGGGAAAGUGGUGCAAAGGAGAGUGAGGGGAGGCGCAGAGGAAGGAAUGGAGAGGGGUGAGGAUGGGAGCUGCAGUAAUGAAGAUGAUAGAGACAGUGGGGAGUGGAAAAUCGGCCGUCUGCACUGUUUUCUGGAAGGUGGUGGGGAGAGGCGCUUGGAGGUGCAUGCGUUUGAUUCGGCACAAGACCUUGCAGAGGCUAUAGCGUUAUCUGCAUGCAUUGCAGAGUCUCUAUUUGAAGCGCCUAAAGAAGCGGUGGAUAUGGGGUUGAUACAGUUGGGAGAUGUGAUUGACCUGACCUGCAUCUAUAACCGUCAUCCAUCAGAUCUCUCUCCCACAAUGUCGCUCGCCGCACUGUCGUCCAAUGGCGUUUCGUUCGGACGGAUGGCAUCCGAGGCGGGUAGAAUCUCUACAACCGUCGUAUCUGAAGCCAAAUCAGUUAACCUUCUUGCUCCCCAGCGCCCCUCCCUUUCCUCCAAGCCCCUCUCCGCCGCUUCCCCGCAUCAACGCCUCCCUCAAAGGCCCGCGCGGCCAGUAGCGGCGGUCGCGGCGGAAACCGCCUCCGCGGAAGACGACUCCGCGGACGUUCCCCCGCCGGGGUGUUCGCGGAUCAAAAUCGAGCUCGCGCGCCCGCUGGGGCUGGUCCUGGAGGAGCGCGCGGGGGGGAUUUUCGUGGCGGAAGUCGCGCGCGGGGGAAACGCGGAGGCGACGGGGCUUGUAGACGCUGGCGACCAGCUGAUUGCGACGAGUGCGAUCGUGUUCGACGACAGCGACUCGUACGGCGGGGUCGUCGUGAAGAAGGGCAUGCGGAUCGUACGGUUCAACGUUCGCGGCGAGAAGUUUGACACGGUUAUGGCUGCAAUCGGGACACAUCCGUCGUAUCUCAAGGUUGCUAUAGAACUGCAGAAGUGCAAGCCGCUCUCCAGGGACCCCACCACCUCGUAG